AUGAAGCUGGCCAACGAUGCAUCCCGGGAAGCAGGUCCCGGCAGAAGUGUCCCUGCGACGAAGCCUGCAAUGGCGGAGCAGGAGGUAGCAAUGCGCGCCAUCGACGGCUAUGAUGCCGAACUGCGUGGCAUCAACAAAAAGAUUUUUGACAACCCGGAGCUCGGAUACGAAGAGUUCCAGGCACAUGACAGUAUUGUGUCUCUCCUGCGCUCGCUCAAGUUCGAAGUGACGCCACACGCCUUUGGCGUGCAGACCUCAUUUUCCUGCGAAGUCGGGUCCGGUGGACGCGUCGUCGUCUACAAUGCCGAGUAUGAUGCGCUUCCGGACAUUGGACAUGCGUGCGGACACAACCUCAUUGCCACGUCGUCCAUUGCCUCUUUCCUCGGCGUCGCCGCCGCGCUGCGGUCCUCCAACACCCCCGGCCGUGUCCGUCUGUACGGCACCCCGGCCGAAGAGGGCGGCGGUGGCAAAGUGCGGCUCAUUGACGCGGGCGCGUACAAGGACGUCGAUGCCUGCCUGAUGGUGCACCCGGGCCCGCCCAUGCCGCCGCCGCGGAGCCUCGACUACCACGGCUGCUGCGUCCCCUCGGGCUCGGCGUACGGUCGGACGCUUGCGAGUAAGAAGUUCAACGUCACGUUUACGGGGCAGGAGGCGCACGCGGCCAUGGCUCCGUUCCAAGGACGCAACGCGCUCGAUGCCGUGGUGCUGGGCUACAACGGGGUGAGCAUGUUGCGGCAGCAGACGCGCCCGCACGACAGGAUACACUCGGUGAUUAUGAGCGGAGGGACACGGCCAAAUGUCAUCACGAGCUUCACGAAGACGCAGUACUGCGUGCGCAGCGAUACGUUGAAGGAGGCCACGGCGCUGGAGACGAGAGUCAAGGCGUGCAUGGAAGGGGCAGCGACUGCGACGGCAUGCGAAGUAGACUACGAGGUGGACAAUGCGUAUGCGGAUCUCCGUCCCAACCGCACCAUCUGUUGCCUGUACGCCGAUGCCAUGGCCCUCCCGUGCAUUGACUCGCCCGUCGCCUGCGACUUCGAGCAUGCACCGCCUGUGCCCGGUUCGACCGAUCAGGGCAAUGUCUCGUACGUGGUGCCGAGCUUCCACGGAGGUUUCGCCAUUCCGUGUCCGCCGGGCGCGUAUAACCAUACCAAGGGGUUUACCGCCUGUGCCGGGACUGACGAAGCGCACAAGCUGGCCAUUGACGCCGCCAAGGGUAUGGCGAUGGCCGGUUUGGCAAUUCUCAACGAUGAAGCCGUCGCAGCUAAGAUUUGGGAGGAGUUCAAGGCAGAUAGAGCCCUGGAUGAGAAGGAGCUGUAUUGA